AUGGGAUCUUGCAUUAGCAAAUGCAAACCCAAGGCCAUCAAACCGCCGCCACCGCCGCCGCCGCCUCUUUUUGAUUUCAACAAUAUUGUUCAAGACAAGCUGGUUGUAAUUCCCCAACCACCGCCGUUGGCUGUCGCCGUCACUUCCGCCGCCGCACCUUCUCUCUCUCUCAGUAACAAAAUCUCUCCUUAUCCUCCUUCCCCUUCUCCCUCCUCUUCCUCCACUUGUCUCUCUUCCACUACAACUACCACGACAACCAACAGCUCUUUCUCAACCGCCUCUUCCCGUUCCCCAAUUCUCUCACAUGACUACUUCUGGUCGCCUUACAAUCAAAACCCUCACGUCGUUCGGAUCAAUUCCCUUAAAGCUUCCGCCUUUUCGCCUCCAUUCAACCCGGUUUCCCCCGUGGUUCGACAGCGCAUACGUCACCCGUCUCCCCAAAGGGUAUCGAGAUCGACACCCCAGAAGAGAGUUCGACAGGCUUCCCCAUCGCCAGUUCGGCAGAAGAGCUUCAGGAAGGAGGUUCAACGGCCUCUGUCUCCGUCGCCAAGUAGACGGUUAAGCGGAGAGAAAUGCCGGGUGGCAACCGGUGUUAUCACCGGAGCGUCGGUGAAGACAAUUGGUCGUAAAAGCCGAUCGCCGGCGAGGGGUUGUGAGAUGAAGAAGGAAAGAAUUACUUGCAUUCAUAGGAUCAGUUCAAAGAUUGAUGAAGCUGCGGCGAGGGAGGCGGUGUUGAAUGAGGGAGAUUUAGAUUCGGCGGCGGCGAUGGAGGACAUUGAUAAUCCGUUAAUCUCGUUGGAUUGCUUUAUAUUUCUAUAG